GCGGGCGAUUGGGUUUCGGGAAGAGGGCACCGGCAAUGUCAACGACGACGGAGGCGGCAAAGAGCGGCUCAGCCGCACCGGUGCGGUGCCAGCGGAUCGGCUGCGACGCCAUAUUCACCAACGAUGACAACCGCGAGGGCUCCUGCCAAUACCACCCCUCCGCACCUAUGUUUCAUGACGGCAUGAAAGAAUGGAGCUGCUGCAAGCAAAGAAGCCAUGAUUUCAGCUUAUUUUUGCAGAUACCUGGAUGCACAACAGGAAAGCAUACAACCGAAAAACCAAUCACAAAAGCUGUUUCAUCUAACCGUACAAAGGCAACACCGAUCCAGUCCUCUAAGCAGGGUGUGGGAGUUGAUGUGUGUGCAAGGUGUCGUCAAGGUUUCUUUUGCUCCGAUCAUGGAUCACAGCCCAAGCCACAAAAGCCAGCUGCUACCGACGAUACAAACAAGGAACCUGUUGAGAAAUCAGCUGUUCCACCGCCCAAGAAAAGGAUCGAUGUAAAUGAGCUGAGGACAUGUAAAAAUAAAGGAUGUGGUAAAUCCUACAAGGAGAAGGAUAACCAUGAUUCUGCAUGUGACUACCAUCCAGGUCCUGCCGUUUUCCAUGACAGGAUGAGAGGGUGGAAAUGCUGUGAUGUUCAUGUCAAGGAGUUUGACGAGUUUAUGGAGAUACCUACAUGCACAAAGGGUUGGCAUAAUGCUGAUGCGGUGUGAAUUCACGCCAUGCUUAAGGCUGUUUUCAUGUUGUAUCGUCACCUGCCAUGUAAACACCAUUUCUGCAGUUUAUUGAGGAUUUCAUUUGGAAGUGUGACAAGAGCUUUGAGGAUGGGCUCCGGGCUGCGGGCUGCCUAAGCUUUGCGCACGGUAGCUGUCUGGAAAUCUUACGUGAUUCUCCUUGUACUCUGGACCACAUUUGGUGUCUGGAUUCAAAUUGGGGUUUUGUCUGUUUGAAGCCGAAGGAUGCCAAUAUUUUAACCAUGUCUAAGCCAGAGAAGUUAGCGCAUGCUGUGGAGCGGUAGAGGUGCCGUGUUUCUUGUGUGUGUUCCAUGGCUGCUGGAGAAGUCCUGUCCGUGUACUGGUUUGCUCGGUUUGAGCAGGCAAAAGCCUGGACCAUGCAUCACUAGUUUGUUCUACCGCUCCUCACUCCCCAGACCAGAAAGUUGUUGCCAAUCUACAAUAUAAUGAAAACUUAGCUGCACUCUUGGAAAGAGAAAAGCACAAUCUCUUGAUUUAUUGGAUGCUGUUUUGGCGUGCAUACACUAGCAUUAUCAUUAUGUCAUGGAUACAUGGACAUGGGAUUCAAAUGUAAGUAGUACUGGUAGUGCUUUGGAC